AUGCCUAGGCGUCCGGAAUUUGAAAAUAUGAUAAGAAAGCAGAAGAAGGCAACUCCUACCGGGAGACCUAAGGAUCAGCGUUCUCCAAGUAUCACCUUUGAUAACCUUCUAUGUAGCCCACCGUACCCCUACUCGUCACAUUUUUGCUUCAUUUCCGACCUAGAAAACUGCAAAAUAUUCGAAAAUUCGAAUAUUCGUAGGAUGGAGAGGGCAAAACCCGCAAGCAAGCAGAAAUAUUAG